GAGUGGUUGUGUUGAACUUGAACCCGUAGCGCGGCCUUACUCCAUCUUAUGUGGACCAGACUUGAGUCGGCGGUAUGACGGGCUGCAGAACGCUGCAUACAUUGGCAUGCCCGUCCACACUCACUCGGAGUGCGGUCCUGAUCCAACACGCUAUUCCCGUUCUCCAAUACGAAGACCAAGUUGGCGAUAUAGCCAUCUCCGCGGACGGGUGCUCAGAACUCUAUUCGAACAUUCGAUAUCACGACGAGUAUAGCUCCCCGCGGUGGUCGACAGUCAAGCUUAUUUAUAUCCGAAGUCGUGACACCCUCGGAGUACUAGGCCAGAGACGGCUAGUACUCUGCAUCAACUUUGGCCUGCACUGCACGUCUUCCCGCGACUGUCGGAAGAUCUGUACAGAUACUCAGAGUGAAGGCGUAAUGCUCGCGCUCUGCGAGCUACCCUCGCUCGCCCAUGGCAGAGGGAACUACAGACGCUCGAAUACACUCACUUGUGACGAGAAGCGUGAUCAUAGUCACGAUUGCGUUUCGUCACACUGUGACUCACGUCCGCGUCAGCCCUCCUCGCUCGUUACACGCGUACGACACCACAGUUACGAAGAGCACUGGCCAUCCAAUCCAACUCGCUGCUUGAUUGCUACCGAACACUCGGAUAUGGGUACUAUAGCCGCGUGUUUUCAGCAUGGCAAGAAGAUAACGUCGUUCAACUUGUUCUCAGGAUCCGGAGUCUGGUUCAAAAUUGCUCUGAAGGGCAUACUAUGACUGGGGCACGCUACCGUGACAGUGCGUGUCUUCGACGUACGGAGACGCGUUUCACUAGCGCGCUUCGCGCAGGCUUCCGCCCU